AUGUUAGUGACAGUAAUUCCUCCAGAUCAUACCGUCACGGAGAUAAUCGAAACGUCCACCGGAGCUCAAGACCUGGUGAGCGGCGGCCGCCGUCAGGGAGACGAUCAAGCUCACGUUCCGAAAGCACGAGUAGGAGAAGGAGGGCCAGUUUAUUUGACAUACCAUCACCACCACCGUUCAGUUUCCCCCUUGGCGGCGGCGUGCCGGGACCAGAUCUGUCUCGAAAAGUUUAUGUGGGCGGACUUCCUCCCACAGCCUACGAGGGGUCAGUAUCAUCGUUCUUCAGCCAUGCUAUGGCGGCGAUCGGCGGAAACACCGCCGGCCCAGGGGACGCCGUCGUGA